AUGAACGGCUACGGCUCCCCCUACCUGUACAUGGGCGGCCCGGUAUCGCAGCCUCCGCGGGCGCCCUUGCAGCGCACCCCCAAGUGCGCGCGCUGCCGCAACCACGGCGUCCUGUCUUGGCUCAAGGGCCACAAGCGCUACUGCCGCUUCAAGGACUGCACCUGCGAGAAAUGCAUCCUCAUCAUCGAGCGGCAGCGGGUCAUGGCGGCGCAGGUGGCGCUGCGCAGGCAGCAGGCCAACGAGAGCCUGGAGAGCCUGCUCCCCGACUCGCUGCGCGCCCUGCCCGGGCCCGCGCCGUCUGCAGACGCCGCCGCCCCGCCCGCAGCGCCGCCCGGCCCGCAGCCCCGGCCCACAGCCGAGCUCGCCGCCGCCGCGCUGCGCUGGGCCGCCGAGUCCCAGCCCGCACCGCUCGCCAAGUCAGACCUGGCUGAAGACCAGCUUGGGGAGGGCAAUGCAGCAGACAACGCAGAGACCUUCAGUGAGAAAGACAGCUCUGACCAGAGGAGCUCCCCGGAUGUAGCAAAAGGCAAGAGCUGCUUCCCCCUGGAGGAGAGCCCCGAGAUCUUGCCUGUGGAUGAAGCUGGCUACACCCUGCACAAGAAUGGAGGUGGAGGUGGAGGUGGCGGUAGCAGCACGACAGAUGGGGCUCGCCCUGAUAGCCCCAAGUACCCUGGGGAGCAGAACCACCUGCUGAUCGAGGGCCCUUCAGGGACUGUGUCUCUGCCCUUCAGCCUGAAGGCCAACAGACCACCACUGGAAGUGCUGAAAAAGAUCUUCCCCAGCCAGAAGCCCACGGUGCUGGAGCUGAUCCUCAGGGGCUGCGGUGGGGACCUGGUGGGUGCAGUGGAGGUGCUCCUCUCCAGCCGUUCCUCCCUGUCCGCUGCUGCUGCAGACCGAGCCUCCUCCUCGGAGCCCGAAGGCCUUGUGCUGCCUCCCAACGGGCACCUCUUUGAACACACCCUGAGCUCCUACCCACUUUCUUCCUCCAAAUGGUCAGUAGGCUCAGCCUUCCGAGUUCCGGACACCCUGAGGUUUUCCGCUGACUCCAGUAAUGUGGUCCCUAACCCCCUGGCGGUGCCCCUGCAGCACCCUUUCCCCCAGCCGCCCCGGUACCCUCUGAUGCUGAGGAAUACUCUGGCCAGAAACCAGUCCAGCCCCUUUCUGCCCAAUGACGUCACACUGUGGAACACCAUGACGCUGCAGCAGCAGUACCAGCUGAGGUCCCAGUACGUCAGCCCCUUCCCCAGUAACUCUACUAGCGUCUUCCGCAGCUCGCCCGUGCUGCCCACCCGACCUCCCGAAGACCCCCGCAUCUCCAUCCCUGAGGAUGGCUGCCCCAUCGUGACCAAGCAGUCCAUUUACACCGAGGACGACUAUGACGAGAGGUCUGACUCGGCAGACUCUCGAAUACUCAACACUUCAUCUUGAAAUGGUGCUGGAGGGAUGGCGACCAGGUGACGUUUUCUGGGGCUUGCUCUCCCACCUCCCUCAAGCCCCCCUCAUACCUCCAACCCCAGGAGAGACCCCCUGGCCCUGUGUCCACACCCUUUCUUUCUGUUUGACAAAGUGACUAUGCUUGAUUCUGUCCAUUAGCAAUAAAACAUAACUUAUUUAAUUUCUUGCACUUCACUGGGAAAUGCCAAAUAGCUCAGCUCUGUGGCUUUAGUGCUGAAUGUUUAUUGUACAGAAGUCUCUUGCUAAGAAUAGUCUGGGGGAAAGUUGGGUCCUGUAUUUGGGGAUGUAGAGCUGAAGGUCAGCCUUGCUCCUAAACUCAACUUGGAAUGUUCAGUAAAAUAGUAUAUACUUGAAUGCAGUUCUGUAAAAGAGGAUGCCUCAGGACCCGUGAAUCCUAACAGAAGUGGUGUAGCUGAGUGGACUCUAAAACAGGGAUGUUAUACUCUUACUUGGGAAGAACCCAUUUUGCAUUUUUAAGAGAGACUGCACUUGAGGCUAGAGUGCACUGCUCACACGCUUACUUAAGCUUGGACAGUUUUCAGAGACAAACUCCAUUAAGAACUAUUCUUUUCACAUGGCUGAAUCGAAACGUGUAAUGUCAAUGUAAAACCAAUCACAGCUGUGAACUGCAUGAAAUGUAUUGUGAAAUGAACACAAGAUUAAGCUUUGUCAGGUUAAUGUAGCAUGCUAAGGACUCU